GGUGCAACAGUGCAGGGCCAGGACGCGCACUGCCCAGAUAUUCCGACAGACUCGCACAGGAAUCGGCGUCCGCUGAUCAAACAGCACACAAACCGAGACCGCAGCCAUGUAUCUGCUGCUGCUGCUGCUCACCGCCUGCGCGGCGCUCCCCAACCACCACUACGACACGGCGGCGGGCAGCAAACAGGCGGCCUUCAUCAAACUGGUCACAGAGGGACCCCCAGACACAUGCGUCAGUAAUUCGUGCGCGGCCAAACAACGCUGUGAGGUUCGCCAGUGCCGCUGUGAAGUGUGUAUUCCAAAGACCUGCGCCGACAUCACGUGCGGCCCCAAUGAGGUGUGUGAAGACACACCGGACGGGCCCAUCUGCAGGCCAAAGACGUGCAAGGAGAUAGUGUGUGCGCCCAACGAGCUCUGUGACGAUACACCGCAGGGUGGUAGAUGCCGGCCCAAGACAUGCGACGACAUCACCUGCCUGCCCAAUGAAGUCUGCGACGACAGCUACGGAGAGCCGAAAUGCAGACCAAAGACGUGCAAGGAGCUGGUCUGCAAGCCCUACGAGCUCUGUGACGACACGCCGGACGGAGGCAGAUGCCGACCCAAGACUUGUGAAGACAUUGAGUGCGCGCCGUACGAGAAGUGCGAGAUCCUCGACGGCCAGCCCCGCUGCAGACCCGUGACCUGCGUGGACAUCCGGUGUGCGGCUGGGGAGAGGUGUGAUGACCUGCCCGACGGACCCGACUGCGUGCCAGAUGUGCCAACAUGCGAGGGCUUCUUCUGCCGGCGCGGCACCAACUGCUACAUUCGCCAGGGCUCGCCCAUCUGUCUGCCCAACACGUGCGAGGUGCGCGAGUGUGAGCCGGGACUCAACUGUAUCGACACGCCCGACGGAGCGCUCUGCCGCAAGGGAGAACUGCGCGGCACCUGCACAGGCAAGUACUGUCCGCCCAACACGGUCUGCGAGCUGACCACCGAGGGCCCGACCUGCGCGCACAUCUGAGGGGCGACUCGGGCCGACCUGCGCUACACCUGGGGGGCGACUCGGGCCGACCUGCGCUACACCUGGGGGUCC